GUACGUCGCAGCUACCCGGCCGCGUCUCUGCGUGUGUGAUUGUUUGUGGCGUGCGAACGCAGCUUAAGGAUACACCACAUGGAUAAGGAUAAGCUGAAGCUGAAGCUGCGCGACCAGGUGGUGCAGCGCGCCGUCCAGUUCUGGAAGAAGAAGAUCUACAAGGCCAAAAUUGUAUAUACCGAACACGCGAUGCGUUCACGAAAAGUCUUGGUUUUACGUUAGAGCCGUUUUGCACCGAACUAGUACACGCCAGUUCUGUCGGAUUUCAAACUAAAACGAGUGACGUUUUAUCGAGAAAGGUUUAGGAAUGCUUUAGAAAAUUUGUAGCUCGUACAUAUAUACGCAUAUUAGG